AUGACGGAGUAUCUGCCAUGCGAUGUGUUGCUGGAGAUCCUGCAUAGACUACCCGCGAAAUCCCUCAUCCGAUUCAGGUGCAUAUCCAAAUCAUGGAACUCUCUAAUCACAAGUCCUGCCUUCAUCAAUUCCAAUCUCACUCGAUCACACUCCUAUUCCAACAAAUUAAUUGUCAAGUAUUCGGAUCUCAACAUGGUUUACGAACUAAUUCACGAAGAAGACAAUGACAAUAAUGACUUGUCAUCUGAACAAAUUCAAGAACUUGAGUUGCAGAAUAGUUUUGGUCGCAAUUUUAUAUCAGUCGGUUACGUUAAUGGAUUGUUUUGCCUUGAAUCAGGCCGCUAUAUUGUUUGGAAUCCCUGUAUUAGAAAAUUUAUUGUCCUUCCCAACCCUUCCGUUACGGCCUCCUCCUUUGCAUGUUAUCUAGCGUUUGGGUUUGAUCCGAGUACCAAUGAUUAUAAGCUGGUGAGAAUUGCAUUUCAAUAUAAAAAUCUUAGCAACAAAAAACGAGCCAAAAAACCUCUGGUUGAGGUUUACUCUGUUAACGAGGGAUCUUGGAGAAUAACGAGUGGUAGGGACUCGUAUCCGCCUGGGGUUGAUAUCAGUGAUUGUUCCAUGUCAACAGCAGUUUCUUUAAAUGGAGCUGUUUUUUUUGCUGCAAAUCGGUGUGAUGCCUGGAGUUCAAUAGUUUUGUCAUUUGAUUUGGGUGAUGAGGUUUUCCGCGUGAUAUCCUUGCCAAAUGGUAAUUUCAAAUUUGAGCAUGGUAUUCAUAUCUUGGUAUUCAAGGGAUUGCUUUCUCUAAUAUGCCAUGAGUAUAUGAGUGAGCGUUGUUCUGUUUUUGUGAUGAAAGAGUAUGGCGUUGUUGAUUCUUGGACUAAACUGUUCACUAUUGACCUCAAUAGGCAAUUCUGUAGAGUGUUAGGUUUCCGGAAGAAUGGUCAUUUAUUAGUGCAGAAAGAAGUAUUACUUGGUUGGGAGCUCUGUUCAUAUGUCCCUGAGAGCCAACAAGUGAAGAAGUUGGGGUUUUGUAGAAGCUCAUGUUAUUCUUUUGCUGAUAAUUAUGUGGAGAAUCUUUUCUUACUUGACAAAUCAAAUGAUGCAGUUUCCAAGUGGAAUGUGAGCAAGAAGAGAAAGUGCAGAUAA